AGUAAGUCUCGUAAUAAGUACCACGUGAUCCCGGUUUAAAAUUACAGAACGAUUACCGCGCGCAACAGACAGACGAUAUUUAAUUUCCGUUGGUUCUUCCUAACCCCCCUUCUGCGUCAUGUAUUUUAACAGAGUUUCGUUCAGUAGGCUACGUCGCCGCGUACAAUACAAACGACGAGUGUGUUGUUGAUAUAUUAUUAGUUCGAUUGAUUCCCAUCCUUCUUUUACUUUCUUUUAUAUCCGUCCAUCUUUUUUUUUUCUUUUUCUUUCUUUUACCCGGUAUAUUUUCACAGUUAAAUUAUUCGCUGGAAAAAUAUGAUAAAUUGUCGACAAAUUUUGGUUAAGGGACGUCCAACCGUGAGCUACGUAAUAAGAGGAAUUCAUCACGGUUCGCUGCACUAAUUCAAUUGUACGUGACAGAGGGAAAGAGACAAAAAUUGUAGGGGAAUAAAGGUGUUAUGAGCGGUGCGUUAUCCAUGUAUGAUGGCUUGGAGAAAGAAACAACGUCGAAUAAUGCAUUGGAAAGUAGUAGUGGUACUACGAAAAAGUUGGCCAGAGGAAUUUCUAGAGCGACAGAAAAUGCUGCCAUAGUUUCAUAUGCACGUUCUCAAUUUGCAACUUUGGGAUCUUUGGACAUGCCCGAGUUUACAUUUUCUUUGCCAGAUUUGUCCGUGUAUCCAGAUUCGUUUCGUCAAUUUUUGGAGAAAGAUUUGAUAGAAGGAGGAUGUCUGUCUUCAUUGGAAGCAGCAGGACGAUUGAAUUGGUGGUGUGGUGGCAAAAAUGGAAGUAACAGAGUUCUCUGGCCAUUAGCAACUUCGGGAGAUGGCAAUUGUUUGCUUCAUGCAGCUUCUCUUGGUAUGUGGGGUUUUCAUGAUAGAUUACUUACGCUGAGAGAAGUUUUGCAUAAUACGUUGAACGUGGGAGAAUAUCGACAUGCACUUUUUAGAAGAUGGAAAUGGCGUCAGGUGGGUUUAAAUGCUGCCGCAGGUUUGUCUUACACGGAAGCUGAAUGGGUAUCCGAAUGGCAAACUAUUGUAGAUAUGGCUUCGCCAAUACUUAGGAAUCAAACAGCCACUUCUUAUCAAAGUCUAGAAGAAGUACAUGUACUGGCGUUGGCUCAUGUUUUAAGACGUCCUAUAAUAGUAAUAGCAGAAACAAUGUUAAAAGAUGCCGAGGGAGUAGCUUUGGCACCUAUACCAUUUGGAGGAGUAUAUCUUCCAUUAGAAAUACCACCAUCGAAUUGUCAUAGAACUCCAUUAUUAUUGGCAUAUCAUUCUGCACACUUUUCACCGCUCGUUACGGUUCAUGGACACAAUGAUAUCGGGGACGACAGUAAUGAAGGAGUUAGUAUACCUCUGGUUGAUCCUGAUAGUGGUCAAAUAUUGCCAGUAUUAUUCGCUGUAGAUCCUGGUCCUGAUUGGGAUUGGAUUGAAGGAUCGCGUGAUUUAUUGGCUUGCGAGCAAAGCACGAUGGAGAUAUUAAUAAGGGAUUAUUUGGACUACGAGUACGUUAAUUUUACAUCAGAAGAAAUCGACAGGUUAUCCGAUACAGAUGGUUCCCUGUCCAAGACAGCUAAACAAUUAUUAGGUGUUGCGAAACAAUUUGGAUCGAUUGGAAGAUCAAUGAGUAAGAAAUUUUGGUCCAUGACCAAAAGACCGAAAAGUCCUCCAUCCUCUUCUGGCGGUAAUUCUACCGAAGGAUUAUUCUGUAUUAAAAUGAAAAGUAGACGCCAUCAGUACGUCGAUCAGAUGUUACAAAACUACCUCGAAUGUGCCCAUGCUAGAUAUCUUCAAGAUCAUCAAAUAGACGAUACAGGCUGUGAAAUGAAUUAUGGAGCUGGCAAAUCCAAAUUCUAUGCUGUGAGUGAUUAUGGUAGUCAUGCAAGUGUCAGCAAAUUAUUACCAGCUCAUCCAAAUAAAGAUCGUACGCUUUAUCUUUCAAGAUCAACAUUCUAUAACGAUCAUACAUCGCCUGAAAAAAAGGCUGAUCGACGGUCAUGGAAUAGUAAUUUGCGGGCGUGCGUAAAGGAGUGUCGCAGUGAACACUGCCAAUUUUUUGGCUCACCGGAAAAUGAAUAUUAUUGUUCGCAAUGUUGGGCUAAUCGUCGUUAUCGUUAAACAUUUAUUUUUCUUUUGUUUUUUUUUUUUUUUUUUUAUCUAACAAAGCAU